GCGACAUCUGCCGGCGGGUCCGAGAAGAGCAGCGAUGGCGGACUAUAGCGGAGAGAGCAGCAGCGACGACGGAGCAGGGCCGCAGGAGGAGGGAGGCAGAGUGAAAACUAAGCCUGUCUCUUGUAGCACUGCGGGAGGAGAAGGGUCCGCAGUCAAGCGCACGUCCCAGCAUCUCACACCCGAGGAGGAUGACGAGUCCUCGGCUGACCCACCGGCGCCCUGCAAAGUCCCCAAAAUAGGCUUUAGCAUGCACGGCAAGAUGGGGAAGAAGUCAAACCCCAUAUCUAUCAAACUCGGAGCAUCAAAACCCAAAGAGCCUGUACCGCCGGUCCCCCCAAAAAAGUCAGGGUUGGCAUCUGUAUUUGACGAAGAUGACGACAGUGAACCUGAGGAGAUGCCUCCAGAAGCAAAGAUGAGGAUGAAGAACAUUGGCAGGGAGACGCCAACAUCUGCAGGACCUAAUUCAUUUAACAAGGGCAAGCAAGGCUUCUCUGAUCAAAAAAAACUGUGGGAAAGGAAGCUGAAGGCCCAGUCAGAUAAACCGUAACUGACUUCCAGUUUUUGUCACUAAUAGAUAAUUUUAUAUAGGUUAAAUAUCUAUGAAGGCUCAAGUGAUUCCUCCUGCAAUGAAGAAUAAUUUAAGCCUUCUGUGGUACUCUCUUACUGAAGUCACAUUUACACAUUUAACCACUACUUGUGGAUGCUAAAAGAGAGGAGAGACAUCGAGCCCUUGUGACAAGAGGUGCUGAGAUCAAGAGAUGGGGCAAGUCAAUUAGCCAUUAGACUAUUAUUCAAACUGUAAAAAAAGUGCUACAGUUUCCUUCUGCAGGCUGAUGAGAAAAUCAUUUUUUAGAGCCUUCAUGCCUCUUAUGCAUCUUGCUUGUUCCUCUUGGUUUGGUGCGAUCCUGAGCGACUCUUAAUUUUAGUCGUCUGAUAUUUGUGUAAAAAAUGUACAUUGAAGUGUGAUUGUGUUUUAUUUUUUUCGAUCCACAAAUGAGUGUGAGUUUGAGCAUUCUGUUAAUGUGGGGAGCAAGUGACUAGACUAUACGCGCAGAUUGAUUGUUUAGUUUAGUUUUUCAACAUCAUUGUACAACUUUUCGUUUUGUUUGCCCCAGUUUUUAUUUUGAUGUAUAAGAUGGACAUAAAUAACCAUUGUGAGUCAACUUCCCUGUGCUUUCACCUGCUGUAUCACCUCAUUGGCAGCUCUUUGUUUGAUGUUUAGGUUUUCUUUUAUCAGUGGUUUGGUUUCAACAAAACUGAUUUCUUUCUGUUUCACUUUCACAUUUACUGAUCUUAUCUUUUAUUUUCACUGAAGGACUAUUGAUGUGUUUUUAGUUGACAGAUGUGGGAGGAUCAGAAACACACAGCGAUAACAUGAAUCCAAAUGCUGGUGACAGUUUCAUCUAUUGAUUUGUGGGUGGUUAAAGCAUAGGUUAGUAAUGAUUAUGCUCAUACAAACACUUUCCAUUGCAACUUUAACAUUCGAAAGUCCACAUCACAGACAUCUAUCCCCAAUCCUUUUAACAUGAGGUACCUGCAGUACCUCAGUGACUUCUCCUGUGUCUGAAACUCUGUCCGGAAAAUCCCCAUGAUCAAAAUGUAAACUUUAAUUCCUUUAUCUUACUGUUGUGCAGAAUUUCCCCAAGUCAAAUACACCAAUAUCCACUGCUGUGACCUGUUGAGUCAAACAAAACCCUCCUAAAAACAUUUAAAAGGCAUUAAAAAAAAGUUUUGGAAUUUAUGUUUUGUGUCAAAUAUGUCCGCUCUACAGUACAUGAUGAAGUAGACCUCACAACAUUGUUUUGUUAUACCUGCUAGACAAAUAAAAGCAAAUUCUUAAAUUUA